UCUACAAUCGAAUCUCCUUCCCGCAGUAAUACGAUCAAUCAAAAACCUCUCGUCAUCACCAUCUUCGUUUUCUUCUUCUCCACUAUCAAAAUCGCAAACAAAACCCUAGAAAAUACCUCUUCUUCAUCUUCUUCUCCGAGUUUUACAAUGCUUCCAUUCGCGUCGACUGCUUCGACACAGAUACGAUUCUUACUUCACACCUGUACCGACUCCAACUUCGACUCUAUAUUUCCUCGGUUAACUCAGUUUGUUGUUGAUUAUGGAAGUGAAGGAAGUAUACUAUUACUUGAAACCUGUUUAGAUCAAAUGAAUUUUUACGGAGGAGAAGAUAAUACGAGUAGUAUUAACCUAAAACCUCAACUAUUAGCUGCUAUCUUUAGAUAUCAAUUAGAUAAACCAAACUUCAGUACUGUAUUAUGUCAGGCGUUACGAAAUGUGACUGUUCCUCAUGAGUUUCUUCUUCGAGAUGUAUUGAAUGAGUUAAAAUUCUCAGUUUCUGAGAAAAUUGCAUUUGGACUUGCUUUAUCUGAUUCAGAAGAGCUCGACAUCAGAAGUAUAGGACAAAGCUUCUGUAUGAGUCAGAUUGAGGAAUUAUGUGCAAAUGCGGGUACGAUUGGUUCAAAUGAGCAGAUUCAGAACAUUGUUUUGUUUCUGUCUCGGUCAAAGGGAGUUGCGAAACUUGUGGAUUCGUUUAUUCAAAUGGUGUCACUGUUGGAGAUGAGAAAUAGGGCUCCAUUGAUAUUAUCUCUAUUGUGUAAUUCGGAUGAUACAUGUGAAGUCAACUCUCUAAGACAAUUGGAUUUAUUCUAUGCGAGCAGCGAAAAUGACUUUGAUGACAUUUUGGCGGAGAUAGAGAAGGAGAUGAGCAUGGCUGAUAUUGUCAAGGAACUAGGUUAUGGCUGCACUGUCAACGCCACCCACUGCAAAGACAUCUUAUCGAUUUUCUUACCUCUCACUGAAGUCACAAUCUGUAAGAUACUAAGCACGAUCGCACGCACCCAUGUCGGCUUGGAGGACUUACAGAGCACACAUUCAACUUUCUGUUCUGCUGUUGGAAUAAGUUCGUUUGCUGAUUCAUCAUCGUUGAGCUCAUGGAAUGUCGAUGCUCUUGUAGAAUCAAUCAAACAACUUGCUCCUGAUACCAACUGGGUACAUGUGAUGGAAAACCUUGACCACGAAGGCUUCUACUUCCCUAAUGAGGAUUCGUUUACUUUUUUCAUGUCUGUUUACGCAAGUGCAUGCCAGGAUCCCUUCCCUCUACAUGCCAUUUGUGGGGCUGUGUGGAACAAUGCUGAAGGUCAGAUAUCUUUUCUAAGAUAUGCUGUAUCUGCGUCGCCUGAAAUUUUCACGUUUGUGCACUCCACCAGACAGCUGGUGUACGUCGAUGCAGUAUAUGGCCAUAAGCUUUCAACUGGAAAUGGAAAUCAGGCUUGGUUAUGUCUUGACCUGUUGGAUGUUUUAUGCCAACUUGCUGAGACGGGCCAUGCUGGAUCUGUCCGAUCAAUGCUCGAGUAUCCCCUGAAACACUGUCCUGAAGUCUUGCUGCUUGGAUUGUCCCAGACUAAUACGGCUUAUAACUUACUUCAAUAUGAAGUUCUUUCGAGUGUUUUUCCCAUGGUGCUCGGGAACUUCUCAAGAGCUGGUGUUGUUCUCCACCUAUGGAAUGCUAAUCCUAAUGUUGUCUUGCGGGGACUUUUAGAUGUCCAGAACUUCGAUCCGGAGAGCAUGAUCAAAACUUUUGCCAUUUGCCAAGAGUUUAAGAUUCUAUGUCCAGUGUUGGAUAUGGCUCCAUUUUCAUUCAGUAUAAAGUUGGCCGCUCUUUCCUCUGUGAAGGAACAAAUAAAUCUAGAGAAGUGGUUAAGUGAUAAAUUGAGCACAUACGGUGACACUUUUGUUGAAGCGUGCCUCAUGUUCCUGAAAGAGAUCCGUUUAGGUGUACCCCAAGAUGUUCCUGCAAAUUCCUUUCAACAUUCUAGUGCUGUAGUAAUUGCUUAUCUGGAGACAGUUCCGAUAUUCAUUAAGGUUCUUCUAGGUCAUGCUGGGCAGAAUGUCUCACGUCAUCAUCUCCUCGAGGAAAUGAAAAAUCUUCAUGCAGUAUUUAUCCAAAAUAGUACUAAACUGCAGACUGGCGGAGCAGCCAAUUCAUCUUCAUCUGAUGGUGGAUAUCCAGAUGAUAUAGAGGCAGAGUCAAAUUGUUACUUUCAGGAGAUGUUCUCUGGGCAAUUGAGCAUAGAUGCAAUGGUUCAAAUGCUUGCUCGUUACAAGGAGUCUCCAGAGAAAAGGGAACAAUCUAUCUAUGAAUGCAUGAUAAGGAAUCUUUUCGAGGAGUACGAGUUUCUCCCAAAAUAUCCUGAAAGGCAGCUAAGAAUUGCUGCAGCUCUCUUUGGAUCGCUAAUAAAGCACCAGCUUGUGACCCAUCUGACCCUUGGUAGUGCCCUUCGAUGUGUUCUGGAUGCUUUGCGUAAAUCUGCUGAUUUGAAAAUGUUUUUAUUUGGGGUGAAGGCGCUGGAGCAGUUUGUAGAUCGUUUGAUAGAGUGGCCUCAGUAUUGCAAUCAUAUCUUGCAAAUUUCUCAUCUACGUACAACCCAGUUAGAGCUGGUUACUUUCAUUGAGCGUGCUCUUGCCACGAUCUCAUCCAGCCACUCUGAAUUAAACGGAGGCAACAUUGUCCCUACAGAUAAGCACCAAGGACCAAAUCCAGUCGCGGUGGAAAACAUGGAGGUGUCUGAGUCCUCAUGGAAGAUAAUGGGAUCUAGCGGCAGCAGCACAGUGCAGGCUAGAGCUCAACCAUCUUUAUCUCCGUUUCAGCUCCAACCACUUUUACAUCCUGCCGGGCAGCAGCAGUCACUUGUUUCAACCCAUGAUGUUGUAGCUAAUACUCAGAAGAAUGCACCCAGUGGGCCUGCCGCUGUGCCAUCCACCCCAGGUUUUCUGCGUCCAUCUCGAGGCAUUCCGUCUACCAGCAUACCUAGACAGCAAUCUUACAGCACUGGCUUUGGCUCUGCAUUAAGCAUUGAAACACUUCUUGUGGCUGCUGAAAGAAGGGAGACUCCCAUUGAGGUUCCUGAACAAGAGACUCGAGAUAGAAUAUUAUUUAUGAUCAAUAAUCUUUCAGUAGCAAAUGUUGAAACCAAAGCAAAAGAGUUCACUGAUGUUCUGAAGGAAGAGUUCUAUCCAUGGUUUGCUCAAUACAUGGUGAUGAAAAGAGUUAGCAUUGAACUCAAUUUCCAUGAUCUGUACCUAAAGUUCUUGGAUAAAGUUAAUUCGAGAAUUUUGAACAAGGAGAUUCUUAAAUUUACAUACGAGAACUGCAAGGUCCUUCUAAGAUCCGAGCUUAUAAAAUCUAGUUCAGAAGAACGCUCAUUGCUAAAAAAUCUUGGUAGUUGGCUUGGGAAGUUCACGAUUGGUAGAAACCAAGCAUUAAGGGCUAAGGAAAUAGCUCCCAAAGUCCUAAUAAUUGAGGCUUAUGAGAAAGGUUUGAUGAUUGCAGUAAUUCCAUUCACCUCGAAGAUUCUGGAACCAUGCCAAUCCAGUCUUGCAUAUCAACCCCCAAAUCCCUGGACCAUGGGAAUUCUCGGUUUACUUGCUGAGAUUUAUGCUCUACCAAAUCUAAAGAUGAACCUCAAGUUUGACAUUGAGGUCCUAUUUAAAAAUCUUGGAGUUGAUAUGAAAGAUGUGAAGCCGACCUCGCUUUUGAAAGAUCGGUCCAGGGAAGUUGAAGGAAAUCCUGACUUCUCCAACAAAGAUGUCACAGCCACCCAACCUCUAACUAUUCCUGAAGUUAACACACUGAUAAGUGUUGAACCACAACCUGAGAUUGCGAAUUCAUCUCUCCCUGGGGGUCAUUCAAAUGCAUUACCUCAGUAUCCUACUCCUCAUCAUUCUCAUAAUCCGUUGACCAAGGAUGAAAAGAUGCCAGCUUCAAAUCUACCAGAGCGGCUUCCUCCUGGACAGGGACUGCCAGUCGCUCCGUCUCAGUCGCCAUUUUCUGUUAGUCAGCUUCCCACACCAAUUCCUAACAUUGGAACCGAUGUUAUUGUCAACCCAAAGAUUGCUUUGAGUCUACAGAUGGAGUUUCAGAGAAUUGUUCCCGUGGCGAUGGAAAGGGCCAUCAAGGAAGUCAUGUCUCCUGUUGUUCAGCGCAGUGUUACUAUAGCAAUUCAAACAACGAAAGAACUUGUUUUAAAGGACUAUGCAAUGGAGUCUGAUGAGAGCCGCAUGUAUAAUGCCGCUCACCUGAUGGUUGCCAGUCUCGCAGGAAGUUUAGCACAUGUUACCUGCAAGGAGCCUCUUCGUGUUUCUAUUUCUAGUCACUUGAGGAAUUUGAUCCAGGCUUUAGGUCCUUCCAGUGACUUUGAACAAGCUGUACAGAUCAGUACGAAUGAUAACCUUGAUUUGGGUUGUGCUGUGGUUGAAAAGGCUGCUAUAGAGAAGGCAUUACAGACAAUUGACGGGGAAAUAGCUGGACAACUGUCUGUUAGAAGGAAGCACAGAGAGGCUGUAGGUCCGGCGUAUUUUGACGCAACUACUUACACACAAUUUCCUCUGAGUUUAGUGCCUGAGGCUCUUCGUCCUAAACCUGGGCGUUUGUCUCUCUCCCAGCAGCGAGUGUAUGAGGAUUUUGUAAGGUUUCCAUGGCAAAAUCAACCUAGUCAGAGUACAAAUGCACUGCCUGCUGGUCAAGCUGCUUCAUUUACUGGGGAUUCUGGUAGUUCCAACUUGUCUCGUUCUAAUGGCCCUGCAUCAGGUCAGCUGAAUUCUACUGUUUAUUCAACUGUGCAAGGAGGUCCAGGAUUUGCGCAACCCCUGGAUCUCAUUUCUGAGGACAUGGACCCUGCGUCGGCGCAGACUCAUAGUUCUUCAUUGGCUCAUAUAGGGGCGGCAGAUGUGUUUAUGCAGCAUGGUUCUAACCGUACUUCUACUGUUCCUUCAUUUCCUUCAACAAUUAUUUCCGUGGAACCUAUUUCUGUUGAUCCCUCUGAUUCCACAAAAGAGGAUUUAGGAGCUACUACACAACCAUCACCUACAAGUUCUGCAACAGAGUGCUUAGGCGCUGGUACGACAGACUCUAUAUCUACCGGGGAUGCGCUAGACAAGUACCAAGCUGUUGCACAGAAGGUACAGCCUGAAAACCUUAUAGCUAAAGAUUCUACAGAUGUGGAAGUUGAGCUAGGCACAAAACCUGGAUCUCCUGAAUCUUUGCCGCAACUUCUUGAGAUUGCCCGGAAUGCUUCUGCUUAUUCCCCUGCUCCUCCAGGAUAUAUAAUUAGCAAGGACGAGAAAGGAAAAUUGUCAAGAGACAGAAAGGUUUUCCCUGCUCCCUCUAUUCAUUCACAUGUAAUGGAUGAGGAGUCUAUGGCAGCAGAUCCUCUUGGCUUCCGUGAGCAGGUUUCAAUGCUUUUCAAUGAAUGGUACCGGAUCUGUGAAGCUACUGGUAAGAAUGAUGCAGCUGUCACCCAUUUCAUGUCACAGUUGCAGCAAAGUGGACUGCUUAAAGGUGAUGAUAUGACAGAUCACUUAUUCCGCCUGCUCACGGAACUAUCAGUAUGCCACUGCCUGUCCACCGAGGGGGUUGUUCCAGGUUCAUUGACACUUCAAUCACCUCAGCAAGUUCCAGUUCUGUCAUUUAUUGCUGUUGAUACGUAUGCCAAACUUGUAAUACUGAUCCUGAAGUAUUGUGCAGUGGAUCAGGGAUCAAACAAACUUUUUCUCCUCCCCAAGAUUUUGCUGGUUACUGUGAGAGUUAUUCAGAAAGAUGCUGAUGAGAAAAAGACAGCAUUUAAUCCUAGGCCUUAUUUCAGACUGUUCGUAAACUGGCUUCUGGACCUUGGUUCUCCUGACCCUGUGCUUGAGGGUGCCAACUUUCAGCAGAUUCUGGCAGCAUUCGCAAAUACCUUCCACGCAUUGCAGCCUCUUAGAGUACCCGGUUUUAGUUUUGCAUGGCUGGAGCUGGUGAGUCACAGGAGUUUUAUGCCAAAAUUGCUAUAUGGAAAUUCCCAGAAGACUUCUCUCUAUGUCCAGCGCUUGCUUGUAGAUUUGUUCAAGUUCAUGGAGCCGUACUUGAGAAAUGCUGAGCUUGGAGAACCUGGAAGCUUAUUUUGCUCGAGUCGUGCAGUUCACUUCCUCUAUAAAGGCACUUUGCGUGUUCUACUGGUGCUUCUUCACGAUUUUCCUGAGUUCCUUUGCAAUUAUCAUUUUAGCUUCUGCGAUGUUAUCCCCCCCAGCUGCAUUCAGAUGCGGAAUGUUAUUCUCAGUGCAUUUCCUCGCAACAUGAGGCUUCCUGAUCCUUCCACUCCAAACUUGAAGAUCGAUCUUUUAGCCGAAAUAAGCCAAUCGCCAUGCAUUUUCUCUGAUGUUGAUGCUGCUCUAAAGGCAAAACAGAUGAAGAGUGAUAUUGAUGAGUAUCUAAAGACUAGGCAACAAGGGCCAUCAUUCUUGACAGGAUUGAAGCAGAGAGUGCUGCUUUCUCAGGGCGAGGUACCGCUGGCUAGGGCUCGGUACAAUGUUCCAUUGAUCAAUUCUCUAGUUCUUUAUGUUGGCAUACAGGCUAUCCAGCAACUACAAACCAAGACAUCAGCCCCACGUGAGCCGCAUACUACACCGAUGGAUAUUUUCUUGGUGGGGUCUGCGAUGGAUAUUUUCCAAACUCUGAUAGGGGACCUUGAUACAGAAGGUCGCUACCUCUUCUUAAAUGCGGUUGCAAAUCAGUUACGCUAUCCCAACAACCAUACACACUAUUUCUCCUUUGUCCUCCUCUACCUAUUUGCUGAAGCCAACCAGGAAGUCGUUCAGGAGCAAAUAACGAGGGUUUUACUGGAGCGCUUAAUUGUUAAUCGUCCUCAUCCAUGGGGUCUGCUCAUCACUUUCAUAGAGCUGAUCAAGAAUCCUCGAUAUGGCUUCUGGACUCGCUCAUUCACGAGAUGUGCUCCCGAGAUUGAAAAGCUUUUUGAAUCCGUCUCAAGAUCUUGUGGUGGCUCAAAAGCUGUGGACGAGAGUUUGGUAUCGGACGGCGCACACUGAGUCUUCUUGGUUUUUUUUCAGUUAUGCUUUUUGUUUUAUUGUAAUUUGUUCACUCUUUUACACAAUAGUAUCUACUGUUGUAAUUAGUAUGAAAAAUUCGCAUUUUAUAUCCCCGUAACACUACUGCAGUGGAAGAACAGCAUACAAACUAAAAUCAAUCCCUUGGAAGGUAGAUACUACCUGUACAAGCAUGGUAUACC